GCUCGCCGCGUGUUGUUAACCAAUGGCGAACCCAAGACAGGCAAACAGACAGACGGAUCCCAGAAAAUUAAAUUGAAAAAAGAAAAGAAAAUGGAAACGUUGCUCUUGCUCUCUGGUUCGGAGAACAAAGCGAGGGUUUUGUGAAGAGGGAGAAGGAAAUCCAAGCUCUGGAGUCUUGAGAGAGAUAGCAUUAGGAGACAUAGAGAGAAAGUCCCACAAAGAGAGAUAGAGAGAGGGACAUAGCGAGGGAGUUUAGCUUCUCUUUAUGAAGACUGAGUCGGAGCUAGGGUUUCCAACGCAUUGACGAAGGUCAUUUGGCAAACAUUGUCCUGAAAUUGUGCAGCACUUUCAAUGGGAGAAAAAGCAUCAGCAUGUCAAGGACUUCUUUGAUGCUUGGAAACUUGGUAUUUGAAGUAGGAUGACACUGGAGGACUUCUUUACUUUGACUGAGAUGAAAGAUGGGCUCACAGCCCCAUCUCGAGUUGCAGAACUCCUCAAUGUAAUGCAGAAGGAGAAAGAUUCGGUUGUGAAGAAUGUUGGUGAUGCAACCAGGCAGUGGGCUGCUGUUGCCAGCACUAUUGCUGCCACAGAGAAUAAAGAUUGUCUUGAUCUUUUUAUUCAGUUAGAUGGACUUGGGUUUAUUGAUAGAUGGUUGAAAGAUGCUGAAAAAUUCGAUAAUGAUACAAGUGAGAGUUUCAUGGAAGAGUCAAUAACUGCACUGUUACGAGCAAUUGAAAAGCUGCAAAUAGACAAUGAGAGAUCAAUAUCUUCAGGGAUUUGGAUAAGUGUCAAGAAUCUUCUUGGCCACAAUAGCUCUAAGGUUCAGGAUAGAGCAAGACUGUUAUUUGAUAGCUGGAAGCACAGUGAGAAUUCUGAUUCAAUUUGCCAGGAUGUUGAUGAUGAAAGUAGAAGGCUUGCUGAAGAGGAUGGUGUGCGAUCUGUUUUAGAAAAUCCUCUUGCUAGAGGAAGUCCUAAUGAAGAACAUCAUGUGUUAGAACAUGCCAGAGAUGAAACCUCACCUUUGAGAAAAUCAGAUGAUCUUCAGCCAGAAAAGACUGAACAUGUACAGAUUCCAGACCAUACUAAUCAGCCUGGAUCCCACAUAACAUCGGAUGACGACGCUAAAGAUGGGACUCCUGACUCUUUACCGUCUUCGUCUAAUGAUUUGCUAGAAAACCCUUCUAAAAAGGAAGAAUCCCCCACAGGUGUUGCAGAAGGAACUACUUCUCCCAGUACUCGUGAUGUUCCAGUUACAAAGCAGUGCACUGAGGAGGUACUUUCUGAUGUUCUCAAGUUGUAUGAGUCAUCAGAGAACGAAAAGCAGGUCAUUAAAGUUGAUGAUUCUUCAGAGAACUUGGGCAUGACCAAGGUCUCUUCUACCUCGGGUGCAUUGGAAUCUCGAGCUGCUUGUACUGGUGAUGAUGCUGCAAGUAUGCAGAAGAGUGUGAGGGAACCGGCUUUGCAUGACAUUGUUGCUGCCAAUGAGAGGGAUGCCUGUUGGAAAACCACUGCCCUUGGUGAUGUGAGGACACCCACUUCUGAUUUUAAGAGUGGGUUAGAUGAUAUGAGACUUAUAAACCAUAGCAGUGAAAAUGUGUUCAAGACUACUGGUCAAGAUGGUGAGUGUUAUUCCAAUGCUUAUCUGGACUUAUCUACCAAUGGGAGUAUAUCAGGAAAACGAGAGGAUUUAGACCCUACUUUUUCGAGGAUGGAAGAUGCUGUCGAAGCUGAUGAAGAUAAGGAGCAUACUAGUGAUGAAGGUGAUGAUUUGAUGAAUGCUUCUGAUUUUCCUCAACCAGCAAUGGAUACUGAAGUUCCCGAUGUGAUUGACAGGAGAAGGUCCAAUAUUGAACUGGAGUAUGGCAUAGUUGAUGCUCUAGAAGUUGCUCGGCAGGUUGCUCAAGAAGUAGAGAGGGAAGUGGUGGAUUAUAGAGAACCUUCCUGCAGUUCGUCUUCAGAGAAAACCUCAGAAGGUGGAAUCAGACAGCCAUAUAGCCCCAAUUUUAUAAAUGGAAAGCAGGACCUCCCUACAGGGGUCGCACAAGAUGUACCAACUGGGCAAAGUCAUUCUGCCGAGACAAAUCCUGAUGGGGAUGGAGGCUCAAUUAAUUCAGCUAAUCUGGUGAAUGGACCAGAAAACUCCACACUUGAUAUGGAGUCCUCUCAGGUGACUGAAGCAGCUCAAGAACCAGAGGCUAACACAGAGAAAGGCCUAUGUGAUUUUGAUCUGAAUCAAGAAGUCUCCUCCGAUGAAACGGAUUGUGCAGUGAACCCCUCUACACCCAUUUCUUUUGUUGCUGCUUCAAGGCCAGCAGCAGCUCCUGGAUUGCCUGUAGCCCCUUUGCAGUUUGAGGGGAGUCUUGGAUGGAAAGGAUGUGCUGCUACUAGUGCUUUCCGUCCAGCAUUUGCUCGCAGAGUUCCCGAUAUUGGUAAGAGUCUUUCUAUUGAAGGAACCAAUGAUGUUUCAAAGCAGAGGCAUGAUUGCCUUGACUUUGAUCUGAAUGUUGCUGAAGGUGGAGAUGAGUUGGGAAAACAAAUUCCCAUGUCAUCAGGCCUUCCCUCUGGGGAAUCUUCAGUUGAAGUGAGCCAGAUGAGAUCAGGGAGGCUGAAGCUGGAUUUAAACUGUAUUGGUGAUGAUGGCGAUGCUCCAAUGCUGAAUUCAAUUAUGGGAGAACAGCUCUCUAACAACUGGAAUAACCAUCGGAGCCCAUCUCCUGCAUCAUCAUCUUCGUCAAAGCAGCCUUUUUUGAGAAAUAUUGAUUUGAAUGACAGACCUUUUCACAGUGAUGCUUUGGAUCACGGGCCCAGUAAGUUGUCUCAACAUAUAAAUGCAUAUGGAGGGCCUAAACCAGAUGCUCCUGUUAUUUCUAUCAUGGGCACCAGAGUGGAAGUAAAUAGGAAAGAGUUUCUCUCUCAAACUCCAUCGUUGUCAAAUGGCAAGUCUACAGAGCCUACAAUGGAUACUAGCAUGAUGAGAGCAGGGGGUGUUUUGGGGAUAGGCCCCACAAUAUCUUAUGCCCAUUCUCCGGUUUUUGGGUACAACGGACUGGCAUCAGGGCCCGCCAUGUCUUUCUCCUCAGCCAUGUAUGGAUCAUCUGGCCCGAUUCCAUAUAUGGUGGAUGCUAGAGGAGCCCCCGUUGUCCCUCAAAUUGUGGGGUCUGCAUCAGCUGUUCCGCCUGCCUACCCGUUCAUCAUGAGCAUGAGUGGUGUACAGCCAGGGAUAAAUAAUGUCGGGCAGUCUCGCCCAAAUUUUGAUCUGAAUUCUGGGUUUACGACUGAGGGAGGGAAUAGAGAGACAACGGGUUUGAGGCAGCUUUUUCUUCCUGGGCAAGGUAGGUCUUUGGAGGAGCACCUGAGGACCAACUUACAACCCUCUUCAAGCUCUGGCAUCAGUCCGAAAAGAAAGGAACCAGAUAGCGGAUGGGAACCCUAUCCGUUUAACUAUAAAUAUCAACAACCACCGUGGAAAUAGAGGCGGUUUAUCUUAAGCUACUUCCUUUCUUUGGAUCAGUUCAUCAACCCAACCAAGCAAAUGAUGCGGAAUAUUUGGUGAGGCCAUUGGCUUUAGUAGGAGGGGAAUUAGAACUGAAUAAGGCCAGGGGAAUUGUGAAUGUUAUAUGAUUCUUACCAUUAAUUGCUGAAGAAGGGAAAGCAAAUUAGGUUUAUUAUUUAACUUUGAUUUACUUAUCUCCUUUUAUGUUUCAUAGAUGGCCAUCGCAGUCAUAGGAGGCUUUGUUCAUUUAGCUGUAAUUUCCCUUUCUUUAUAUCACAGAAAUUUAUAGGAA